CACGGCAACCGCCAGAUGCUGUCCAAGCCCCACCCCCAGGCCCCACGGCAUCCGAUCUCGCGAGAGCAAGCCGCGAGACCGGGCGCCGCGGUCGACCCCGGAAGUCUCCUCGGGCGCCGCUGGUCCCUAGGAUCUGUUCUCUGCCGUUGCCCCGAGGGCUGCGCUGUCCCGCUGGCCAUGGAUGAUACCCUGUUCCAGUUGAAGUUCACAGCAAAACAGCUGGAAAAGCUAGCCAAGAAGGCAGAGAAGGACUCUAAGGCUGAGCAGGCUAAAGUGAAGAAGGCCCUUCAGCAAAAAAAUGUGGAGUGUGCCCGUGUGUAUGCUGAAAAUGCCAUCCGAAAGAAGAAUGAAGGAGUGAACUGGCUCCGCAUGGCAUCCCGUGUAGAUGCAGUGGCUUCCAAGGUGCAGACAGCUGUUACCAUGAAGGGGGUGACCAAGAACAUGGCACAGGUGACCAAAGCUCUGGACAAGGCCUUGAGUGCCAUGGAUCUGCAGAAGGUGUCUGCAGUGAUGGAUAGGUUUGAACAGCAGGUGCAGAACCUGGAUGUACACACAUCGGUGAUGGAAGAUUCCAUGAGCUCGGCUACCACGCUGACCACACCUCAGGAGCAGGUCGAUAGCCUCAUUGUGCAGAUUGCUGAGGAAAAUGGUCUGGAAGUCCUAGACCAGCUUAGCCAACUUCCAGAGGGUGCCUCAGCUGUGGGUGAAAGCUCUGUGCGCAGCCAGGAAGACCAGCUGUCUCGGAGGUUGGCUGCCCUGAGGAAUUAGAGAGCUCUCGGCAGGUACCUUCCCUGCCCUGAGGCUGCUCCUCCACCUCCACACUUGUCCUGAUCCUGCAGGCUACCUUGGCUCCUCCUAACUUGCCAGGCUGGGCAUCUUAGAACCGAUCCUUAGGUUGGGCAGUGGGUCUGUGUUCUAGUUUGCACAAAUGUGUGGUGACUUCUGUGACUCUGGGUCACGUCUGGGAGAUGUCAAGCUCUUCUUUGUCCUUUGCCUCUGUGGAAUUGACACAGUUUGGCUACAGAUGUGUGGACUUCAGCCUAGUGCCGUGGGAUCUUCAGAUUCCAUUGACUGCGGACCUGCUGCUUGCUGUGGCCUGUGGGGGAUCAGAGCCACUUGUUUGCCAGGCAGCUCCUGGGAGCCCCUCUCUCCACCUCUGCAGAUGGGAAGUCCGGUUAUGUGACAUUCCUGAGUAGGUUCCUGUGGAUCUGUGUGAGCUGGAGAUGUCCAGUGCCACAAACACUGACCUGGGGCCUUUAUAGAUGAUGACCCUCCUUAAUCGUUCCAGGACUGAGGUUUUGGCUACCACUGCCAGCUGGCUGAGCCUGCUUGGAACUUCUCUCCUUGGUCCCCUUUCCCAGCCCACAGGAACAGAACUGGCACCCAAUUCUAAGUCUCUAAGUCCAGGUGUGCCUUCCCAAGAGAUUCUCACCCUCAUCAGCUGCCUCUGGAGGUAUCUUGGGCCACUUGGGCUGAACUGCCUGCCUAUCACUGACAAGGCCCUCCAGUGCUAUGGCUUCCUUCCCAGGCGUUGCAGAGCGCCACACUCCUGAGUGAGGCUUCUCUGUCUUUCCUGUCACUGUACAUGCAGGUGCCUCCCCUGAUUGCUGCCAUUCUGCCUUCUCCAAGGAAAAGCCAGACUGGCUGACAAAGGGAACCUGUGACAGUCUGCUUUGACUGUGGCCAGCUCUUUUUGCAUCCUUUUCUAGUGGGGGAACCUGGCUAAUGGAAAAGGUGGUUGCAGGUAGAUGUGAGGCUGACUGGGGCAGCCUGAGAGCUGUGUGCACAGGCUGCUGCUAUUUUGUAGUUUACUCAUGUUACUGAAACUCCCGUUAUUAUUUUUUUUUUUUUCUUUUGCCAAAGUAGAAAGCACGUAGCAAAUGGGGUGUAUUUGUUCCAGUCCCCUUCGCAGGCUGAGCACAGGCUGAGCAAUAUUAUGAGGUCAACAGUGCACACAGGUUGAUACACAAAUGGGAUUUUUACCUGAACUUGCUGUGUUUGGUUCUUUCUGUUCUGCACUUUGGGCCCCUGGGUGUUCCACAUGACAAGUUGGUAUUGGGGGAAAUAGUACUGUUGGACCUGGGUAUGGAGGUCAAGGUUCUUUUCUGGCCAUGGUUCCUUCCAUUGCUCUCUGAAAUCAACCCAUAUGAUGGGUAUUAAGAGUAGUUGCUGUCCCUCAGGGAUAGCCUGGGAGCUCCCUGGGUCCUAGAGGAUGCAGGGUUUGUGGAACACUAGUAGGUUGGGGAUUCUGGGGGGUGGGUUUAUCAGAGUGGGCAUGUGUGCCCUUAAAAUACUGUUGUAAGUAAAUAAAUUGUUUUCUGGAGACUUUC